AUCAGUCCAAUGCAGAAUCAACGAGAAUUAAUCUAACUAUGCCUCAAUCCUCAACGUCCUCUGCUUUCGUUGUGUUAUGGUUUAAGUAGGCGAAAGAGGAAUAACAAAACAAAAAAAAGUUAACUGCAAAUAUGCUCAGUAGCAGCAGUCAGAAUAAUAUGACGCUUUCAGCACAGACACGUUAAUGGCGGCCCUCAAUAAUUCGUUGUUUCGUAUUCACGAUUUUGCCUAACAAAACAAAUCCACGCCUUGUCUUUUGAUGUGACGACGCACUUUAGAGGGUUUCAUUGCCUCAUAACCGGCAUUACAAAUAACGCAUUGGACGCAGGUGUGUGAUGCGAUGAAUCUGUAACUUCGGUAGGACUUUGGUAUUUUAUUUUACAAGUCCCUUUCUUUAUGGAGUCUGUAACCCUUCUGGUGACGCUGCCAUGUUGACUCGUUCCCCUUUUCUAAAGAGCUUCAGUCAAAUUUGUGUUCGGGACAUUGCUACGCGGAUACAGAAAUAAAGACGAGCUGCCGGAGCGGAAGUGGUUGUUUUUCAAAAUAAGAUACUAGGAAGACAAUAAAAUACCUACUAUAAUAUUAAACGCGGUUAUUUCCUUUUUUGCAGCCCGUUACUAAAGGACCCUUUGUCCAGUACCGGUUCUCGGACAGGUGGUUGGGAACCCCCGAGCCAGAACCCACAGAUUCUGUGAUUUUAACACGACGGCUUAACGUUCUCGCGAGAUAAAACGGCAAAAAUUUGAUUUUUAACACGACGGUUUGACGUUCUCCCGAGAUAAAACGGCAAAAAUGUGAUUUUUAGCACGACGGUUUGACGUUCUCGCGAGAUAAAACGGCAAAAAUGUGAUCUUUAACAUGACGGGUUGACGUUCUCGCGAGAUAAAACGUGGGAAAAAAACGAGACAAUGGCCAACGAAGACACUUCAUGAAAGCGUCGAGUAAACGUCUUCUUGUAAUAUUUUGUAUGGAUAGACGCUUGUUGUUUGCAAGAUACAAAUCCGUGUUACUGUCACUGGGUGAAAGGACGACAGUGUUGUGCUUGUGUGGCGAGUGCACGCGCCUCAAAUCAGUAACAAGCGGCAGCGCUUCAUCGGUCUACAGCACGAGAGCACGGUCACUUUCGCCAAUAUCCUCCCAACCAGGCAUGUGUGACACAGCGCAGGUGGCAAAUGAGAGUUGGAGACUGAACCACGUCACGGGGGAUCUGUUCUCGUGUCCCGCGGACGAGGCUCUGGCCCACUGCAUCAGUGAGGACUGCCGCAUGGGGGCAGGCAUCGCAGUGAUGUUCAAGCACAAAUUCAAAGGGCUCGAGGAGCUCAAGGGGCAGAAGAAGCUGGUGGGACAGUGUGCGGUGCUAAAGAGAGGCGAACGAUUUGUGUACUAUCUGAUCACAAAGAAGAAGGUGAGCCAAAAGCCAAACUAUGACAACUUGAGGCAGAGUUUGGAGGAUAUGAGAGCGCACUGUAUCCAAAACGGAGUCACUCGAAUUUCGAUGCCUCGUAUUGGCUGUGGCCUGGAUCGACUGAAGUGGGAAAGAGUUUCAGAGAUACUGGAAGAGGUCUUUGAGCCUGCAGAUAUGUCUGUCACAGUCUACAGCCUCCCUGUGAAAGCUGAGACCUUGGUGAUGAAGGAAAAUAUAUCCAGAUGAUUCUUGGAAAUGUUUUGCAUUAUUCGUGUUUGAUGUUCUACAAAUGUUGACCCUGAUAUUAAAGAAUAAAUGGUCUUUUCGCACUAUAUGAUAAAUUGA